AGGGGAUCUAUUCUUUCUCUCACUAAAAACUAGUACACUCUUGAGACAGAGUAAGAAAUAUAUUUUGGACUGAGGAGAUUUACCCGGUCUAGGUCAUACUUUGUGUUCUUGUUGUGUGUUUUAUAUUACAGGUCAAGUGUCCAGGUUAAACCCGGUUAACCCACCCAGCUAUAUUUACACCAUCAUUUUUGGCGCCGACCGUGGGACCGAUUUUUAAAGUUUUUUCAACCAGGUCAAAACUUUACCCCCACUAAAUAUCCACAAUCAUGUCUUCAAGCAACCACAACACUGUGUCAAGCCAGGCUGCGAGUGAAAGCACUCCUGCCAUCCCAUUGAUGAUGCCAGGCAUGGGGACAAUCUUUGCCCCGAUCACCACGGUAGGAUCAGUUGGCAUGAUCCCAAUCAUGUCAACCCCUACUCCUGCUCCAACGACAACAAUGUUCCCAGGCUUGAUAACAACGCCUGGUGGAGCAUUCACACCAUACCCGUCAGCUUGGACUCAGUUUGCUGCUGACCCGGCAAAUGCUCAGGCUCUACAGGGCUAUCAACAGGUGAUGGCCAUGAUGCAACAGGCAGGGGGCUUCAUGCCAUUUGCCUAUCCUGGUAUGACGCCGCCAAUCAUGCCACCUCCGAUGUCGACCCCGUCGACAUUUGUCCCUAGGAUGGUCCCUAUACGCCCGGUGAAUCUGACGUGGACCAUGAAUGAAGCAGCACCCUCAAAUGUCCAUGAGGUCGAUGAGGCGGAGCAAGAGGCGGCCCGCAGGAGGAAGGGUAAGGCUAUAGCCAAACCCAGCAAGACCCGAGAUUCGGCGUUCAAACGCCUAGGGGACAAAGAGGAUGGGCCCCGCAAGUCUGCCAAGCUACGUCUUGGUCCUGAGAUGGGCCGGACUAGCGCAAUGGAAAGACUUGGAGGGAAUCGUCCCACCCAAUCUCGUCGUUCUAGGGAAUCUGAGACGAUUCACCUAGACGAGGAGGAAGCUGAAAGCCAGCCCAGGGCAUCGGCAUAUACCAGGCUCUCAUAUGAUGAGGAUGACCUGGACAAGAUAGGAAGCGUAGCAAGAAAGCUACGUGCCCUGGAAGAAAAGGUGGACGAGAAGGCGGGAACAAAGAAGCACACCCUGGCCAAAUCACCCUUUUCGGCUAGGGUACAUGCACAAAAAUUGAGGCGGAAGGUCAAGCUGGACGUGGAGAAAUUCACUGGAAAGGAGGAUCCAAAUGUCCACCUAGACACCUUCCACAAUGCAGCACAGAUGGCCGGGUGCACUGAUGCUGAGGAGUGCUUGCUCUUCUUCUCAUCUUUGAGAGGGAGGCCUGUGGAAUGGUUUAACGGCCUUCCCCAUGGCAGGAUUGGGUCCUUUGAGAAACUUGCCGAAGUUUUCCGCAAGAAGUACCAGGACAACUGCAUUAAGAGGAAGAAGUUCACCUACCUUAACACGGUAGGGCAGAGGGAGAAGGAGUCCUUGACUCAAUUCUUAACCCGCUGGAGGGAUGAGGUUGACAAGGUAGAAGAGAUGGAUGAUAAGACGGCCAUGUCUUUACUGAUGAAUGCCUUCCGGUCGGGUGACCUCUACACUGAAUUCUGUAGAAGGCCACCCUCCUCUUAUCAGGAAGCCUAUAAUACGGCAUGGGAAUACGCCGAGGCGGAGGUCCUGAACAAGAGCAAGCGCGAGCUGGAGGAAGGCUAUACAAAGGCGAAAUCUGACACGCCAAAGAAGGAUGGCCAGACGGGAGGGUCCAAGCCAAAGGCCACAUAUGACGGGUCCAUCCACCAAAUAAGGGAUGAUAAGAAGGGAGAGCAACCCAAGAGACAAUGGACGGAGAAGUGGUGCACAUACCACCAAUCUGAUUCCCACAACACGGCGGACUGCCGAAAUGUCAAGGCCGUGCUCAAGGAGAUGGCCUUAAAUGGAGAGCUGGGGGAAGGUUACGCAGCGGGGAAUAAAGAUCAAAAAGCGAACACCUGGACCCGUCCUCAGGGAAAAGACCAGGGGAGGAAAAAAUCCGGGAAGGAUAACAACAAGCCCGAUAAAGAAUUCAUCGAGAUGAUUGUCGGCGGCCCAGAAGGCGGGGACACUGCCUCCCAGCGGAAAAAUUGGGCCAGGAGCUUGCACGUAGCGGUGGUUUCCCUAGAAUCACAAGGGAAGCAGGCAAGGAGGGAACCUAUCACUUUCACUGAUAGGGAUCUGCCCAGAACGGGGGGAGAUCAUAAUGACCCUUUGGUUAUUACAAUGGAUAUCAAUGGAGCUGAUGUGGCCAGGGUCCUAGUUGACACAAGAAGCAGUGUCAAUGUUCUAUACUUGGAUGCUUUCAAGAAAUUGAAACUGGACAGGUCCAUGUUGAGACCGUUGCAAACUCCAUUAUCAGGCUUCACUGGAGCUAGCAUAAAAGCGGAAGGUCAGAUCACCUUACCGGUUACCUUGGGGUCGGGUAACAAAACAGUAACCAAGCAAAUGAGAUUUGUUGUGGUUGAUAUCAAGUGUGUACAUAAUGCCAUUCUUGGUAGACCUGGAAUCAACCAGGUCAGGGCCAUCAUUUCUAUGGCACACUUGUGCAUGAAAUUCUACACUCCCAAUGGAAUCGGGGAGGAAAGGGGUGAUCAAAAGAAUGCCCGGUCCUGCUACCUCGAAGCAGUCAAGAAAAUGACCCGCCAAUUCGAACAAAUUGAAUUGGUCUCCCAGCAAGUAGACAAGGGAGAGGAGAAGGCUAGAAUCGAGCCGGAUGCAAACACGGAGGAGAUCCAGAUUGAUGCCUCCAAUCCUGAGAGGAAGGUCAAGAUUGGGGCUGAACUUCAGGAGGAGUUAAGGACUGAGGUUGUCCAGGUGCUGACCAGGUAUAAAUCUUUGUUUGCAUGGAGUGUUGCUGAUAUGCCCGGAAUUGACCGGUCAGUCAUUUGCCAUCGUCUCUCUGUUCUUGAGGGGUCUAGGCCUGUAAGACAGAAGUAGAGAUUUUUGGCAAGUGAUAGGAGAGAUUUUGUAAAGAAGGAGGUUAAGGACCUACUUGAGGUAGGUCAUAAGUAAACUACCCUGAAUGGC